CAACCACAGCCUCGCCUCAGUAUCGAUCUCAGGGCGGGCACUUGCUUACAGCCCAGCGGCCGUGGUCUCGGUUAUAUAGUGGUGGAACCUUGUUCACCUUUUGUCUUUUCAGGGAUAAAACAGGGAUCAAGAUAUCAAGUGCGGAUACAAUUUGAUGUAGAUUGGGAGAUUUCUUCAGACGACAUCUCCCACGGUCAGUUGAUUCCAUUUUUAUUGCUGGACAGAGACGCACGCUAGCUAGGAGCCAGCGCUGAUGUACAUAUAUUGAGAACUGUGUGAAAUGUGUGUUUAUGACCAUCGCGUUAUCACAUUGGUAGCGCAGUUAACCUCUUCAGAUUGCUAGGUAGAUGAUUAUCUGUGGCGGGUUUCCGUAUGAUACUCUCUCCGUAAAAAACAGAGAUAUACCAAUCACGGACAACUUGGAUUUUUGACGCGUGCAGGUACGAUCUCUAUUUGAAAAUGAACGACACGCUCUGUGCUGCCCACGACGAGAUAAUCCAUUGCACGGAGGAUGACGGCCGGCCUGGAUGCCCCUUGAAGACUUCCGAUGUAGUCGUCAUCAGCAUGUUGGCUGUAUUCAGCGUCGUCGGAAUCUAUGGCAAUGGCAUCGUCAUCUUCGUCUACACAAAGAAGAGGGACAAGCUGACCUCGUCCGUGUUCAUCCUGGCGCUCGCCGUCUAUGACUUUCUGACCUCUUCCGUUAUAAUGCCCUACACUGCCAGUAUGAUAUAUCUUAGGUUUAUGAUUUUGUAUGACCCUCUGUGCAAGAUAUAUAUGUUCCUUAUAACAUUCAGCGUCCCCCUCUCUGCGUUUCUUAUGGUAGCCAUAGCUGUGGAUCGCUACCUCUGUAUUUGCCACCCGUUUUUGCAUUUGAUGACCAAAAAUCGGGCAAGGGCUGUCAUUGGAAUUCUGUCAGCGUUCGCGGGUUUGCUGGGUGUCCUGAGUUGUCUAGCCUAUUCUGUCUAUCAGUACAGGGAUCCUUUCCCAGACGAGGACAACUGUACCAUCUCAACCGACAGUCCAAUCAGCAACGCUACCUUGUCGACGACAGCGUAUCCGCCUAAGCCUGUUGUUUUAUUACCGAAAUAUAAUGGACAGUGUGAUUAUCCGGGAACUAUUGUUACUAUGGAGUACCUGACGACAUGGCAGAAGAUUUACUCUUCGUUUUAUUUAAUACCUCUGAUCAUUGUGUUGAUAUUAUACGUCAUGAUUUAUCACUCUGUCACCAGACGGCGCUCCAAAAGAAGGAAACAAAAGGCCCUAAAUAACGUCAGUCUCAAAACAUCCCUUAAGGAACCCCAAAAGCCGACUCAUCCCUCGCCGGCCUCAUCUUACACGGUACUCUCAUCCAACGAUAACAACGAAAACAACAGAGAACACGUGGCACUCCAGGUAGAAAUGUAUGGAAACGGUGUGCAUUCACUAGCUGUGGACAGGGCUUCCGAAUCGAUGCCUCUCCAGCCACAACACAAACGCCGCACUAGCGGCGAUGAAAACCACCACCCCCACCAUGAACAUUCUCAUCAUCACCACCAUCUCCGUGAUCACGACACGAUCGCAAACAUAAAAACAGCGCUGAUGCUUUUCAUCGUGGCUGUUGUGUUCAUCAUUGCCUUUUUCCCAGCCUGGUUGAUGGCACUUGGUGCGAUUCCGCACAACAGCAUCGUUUUUUACAUGUACUUUGUCUAUAAUAUCACUAACCCUAUCAUUUAUGCCUUUAUGAAUCCAACAUUUAGAAGUGACGUUAAGAAAAUAUGUCAUUAGACAGUAAUGUUAUUGUGGACAUCUUUAUAUUAUUUUGUUUUAUUUAUGGGGCGUGAUUUUGUUUUAUGAUUCAAAUAUUGUUACUGUCCUUGGAAGGUUGAUGAAAACUGGUCCCGGCUUUAUUAACCUUCAAAUGACUGAAGCUAGUGAUUGUUGUCAGUAUUAUGGAAAUAUCCCCUAGUUGUUAUGAGUCGAUCAUCGUUUUGUGUAGAAAAGGAAAUAAAAUCAAUAAAUAAAAAAAUAUUAAU